AGUGCGAGAGGAUCCCGAACGACAAGGACUCCGUUGUCGUUUUGUUAAAUCCUGCUUUUGCUUUUAUGUUUUUGAUUUACCGUUAACCGUUGGGAGCUUUUGAAAUGCAAAGGCUCGUCAAGACCGCCAGUUUUGCCGCCAACAGAAGAGAAGCAGAGCAGAGCUGCUUGGCGCUCCUCCAAGCGUGCGACGCCGUUUCAAAGCUCUCCCAGAUCCACGCCCACAUUUUGAAGUCGGGGCUCCGAAACAAUCCGCUAGUUCUCACCAAGUUCGCCUCCACGGCCUCCGACCUUAAAGCCAUCGACUACGCCUCCUCCUUCCUCUUCUCCGGCGAUGCCGAUACGCAUCUUUACGAUUCGUUCCUCUUCAAUACUGUAAUUAGAGCUUACGCGCAGACCAGCCAUGAAAAGCAUAAAGCAUUGUGCUUUUACAAUGUUAUGGUUCAAGGUUCUGUUUUGCCUAAUAAAUUUACCUACCCUUUUGUCCUCAAGGCCUGUGCUGGAAUUGGGGACUUGAAUUUGGGGAAGUCGGUUCAUGGGUCGGUGGUGAAAUUCGGGUUCGAUGACGAUGUUCAUGUUUGUAACACUAUGGUUCAUAUGUAUUGUUGUUGUGGAGGAGGGAUUGAGUUUGCCCGGAAGGUAUUUGAUGAAAUGCCCAAGUUGGACUCUGUUUCAUGGAGCGCGAUGAUUGGCGGGUAUGUGCGUGUGGGGUGGUCGACGGAUUCAGUUGAGUUGUUUAGGGAAAUGCAGAUGGCGGGAGUUCAGCCGGAUGAGAUAACUAUGGUCUCCGUUCUGUCUGCAUGUUCGGAUUUAGGUGCACUUGAGCUUGGGAAGUGGGUUGAGUCUUACAUUGAGAAAGAAGGGAUUCAUAGAUCUGUGGAGCUUUGUAAUGCGCUCAUCGACAUGUUUGCGAAGUGCGGGAAUGUGGAUAAAGCUUUGAAAUUGUUUAGAAACAUGAGUGGGAGAACAAUUGUUUCUUGGACUUCUGUGAUUGAUGGUCUGGCAAUGCACGGCCGUGGAAUGGAAGCCAUUGCUUUGUUCGAGGAAAUGAUUGGGACUGGGGUAGCACCUGAUGAUGUUGCUUUCUUAGGGUUGCUUUCUGCGUGUAGUCAUUCCGGGCUAGUUGAAAGGGGUAAGAGGUACUUCGGUUCAAUGGAAGAAAAGUUUCAAAUUGUACCUAAGAUAGAACACUAUGGAUGCAUGGUGGAUAUGUUUUGCAGGGCUGGACAUGUCAAAGAAGCAUCGGCGUUUAUCCAAAAGAUGCCGAUUGAGCCAAACCCUAUAGUCAUGCGUACCCUGAUUAGUGCUUGUCGUGCACACGGUGAACUCAAGCUUGGAGAGAGUAUCACCAAGCAGUUAAUCAGGAGUGAACCUAUGCAGGAGUCAAACUAUGUCCUGCUUUCCAACAUUUAUGCAAAAAUGAACCAUUGGGACAAGAAAACCAAGAUUAGAGAGGCGAUGGACAAGAAGGGGAUGAAAAAGAUCCCUGGGAGCACUAUGAUCGAGCUAGACCAUGAAAUUUACGAAUUUGUGGCUGGAGAUAAAUCGCAUAGACAAUCCAAAGAGAUUUACGAGAUGGUAGAGGAGAUGGGGAGGAAGAUGAAGAAAGCUGGAUACGUGCCCACUACAUCAGAGGUCUUGCUAGAUAUCGAUGAAGAAGAUAAAGAGGAUGCUUUGAAUAGGCAUAGUGAAAAGUUAGCCAUUGCUUUUGCCCUCCUGAAUACGCCUCCGGGAACACCUAUUCGAAUAGUGAAGAACUUACGAGUUUGCGAUGAUUGCCACUCUGCUACUAAGUUCAUCUCUAAUGUUUAUAAUCGAGAAAUAGUGGUGAGGGAUAGAAACAGGUUUCACCAUUUCAAGGAUGGUAUGUGUUCUUGUAGAGAUUUCUGGUGACAAGCAUAUCAGAAAUGGUUCCAAAUGGGAGCUUAUAAGCAUAUUUUACAAUGAAAAUUCCUUACAAAGAAUGGCCCCAAAAUUGAUCACAGCCACAAAACAACUUGCUGUCGGUAUAGCUCAUCAUUUUGCUAUUAAGUGAAGUUUUAACAUCUAAUUAGCUGUAAGGGAUUGUUUUGUUUAUUUUAUGUACUAUUGGAUCACCUUUUGCUUUACUAAAAUGCUAAUGCAUAAAAUCAAGCUCCGAGUGACUUAAUUUUUAAAACUUGUUUAUCUUUUAUGUUUGGAAAUCUAAGCCUUUUUCUGGACAGAGCUCACCAUUGUGGUAUGUAUUAUUGAGAGAACUUGUACUACAACUAGCGGAGGAGCAUGCAAUCUGCAUUCAGCUUUUCUAGUCAUAGCAGGGAUAUGGAUGUAUACGACCAGAUGUGAAUCUCAAACUAUUAAGAAACAGUCUCCUUCUUGCCUACCAAAAAAAUAAGGGAAGUGAUUUCACCCUGUUUGUCCCGCUGAUUAUUUCUCGUGCAGAAGAAAAAAAGUAAUAUGAGGAAAUCAUUUACCUAAAAUUAAAAACGUCUAUAAAUUUUCACAUAUGGUUAUGCUGAAGACAUUUACUGCUCAUAACUCAUGGCAAGGCCUCUAGAGUUAGCCGUUGGAUUGAAAUGCGGUGGUUUCAAAUUCUUUUCUUUUUUGGUAAUUGUUUAUUUACUUAUUUUUUUAGUUUUCGGUCAUAUCAAAUCUUGGAAUGUAAUGAACGAAAGAUAGUUUGUUGACCGUAAGUGAACAGUGAUCAGCUGUAAUCAUCCUUGUGGUCGUAGCACAUGUUGGAAUGUAAUGAUCGAAAGAUAGUUUUCGAUCAUAUU